AAGAUAGCCUCGAGUCCACGCUCCGCCUGGGGCUGGGCGGGUUCUCCGAGGUCCCUCUGCCCACCCUCUCGGAGUGCCCGGAGGCCGACUGAGUGUGUGGAGCGAGCUCGAGGUUGUGGGAGUAGUGGCUGUUGGCUGGAUAGGGAGCCUUUUUGUUUUGAUUUAGGACUGUCCUUAGUCUGCAUUGCUAGGAGCAAGUCAAGACCUUGUCGGACUUAAAAGGCCCUCCUGUGAUGACGUAUUUUAGGGGAGCUGUGGAGCUUGGUUACUGGGAUGUGGUCUAUUGGUGCUAGUUACUGUGUAUGAUCGGAAUCAUUGUGCCUGGAAGUAUUGUUGACUUUGUUGUAGAGUGUGGGUCAGUGGCAGGCAUUGAAGUUCUUGGAUCGUUGUGAGAUGGAGAAGCAGUGGAACUUUUUAGUCCAGUGGUAGUGUUACCAGUUCAGCAGCUGUGAUGAGAUGUUUGUGUGACAGCAGUGUUUCUGUCCCUGGAGUAGGUAGACUGUUCUCGCUUGAGGUUUGGUCCUGUUAAUUCACUUCAUGUUCCUUAGAGGAGUUACUUGAAAGAGGGAGGGCAAUCAGUGUUACCGAGUGCUUUCAGAGGCAGCUUUUUCUUUUGACUAGGAUUGGUGAUGGCAUUAAGGUAUUGCAGUUACCUUUGGUAGAAUCAUUCUUCGGGCACUCUUCUAAACUCCUGGUGAAACGUACAAAAAUGUGUCAUCAACUCCUCUGCUGAGUACUAGGAUUAGUGUCAUGUGUGGAGAGAGGGAUAUGUUUGUAUUGUGUGCUGAGCAGGUGUUUAGUGUUUGCACUUAAUAAACAUAAUUACCAUUUGUCUCUGAUAGGUUGGUGAAAAGCAAAUGAAAUCAUGAACAUACACUGGAUGAACGCUUACUAGUGCGGUGUGCAAAUUAAACAUUUUUUCCUUUACCUCUCAGAAGAGAAUAUGUGCACCGUGGACAAAUGGGCUGAAUUAGGAAGUUAGUAAAUUGGGAUAAGUCUUUUCUCAAGAAACACUGCUUUUGCAUUAACAAGAUUUUGUGAUAGAGGAGAUACUUGAAGGUUAUUAGCUUAUGGUAUUGUUCAAAUAUAGAAUUAAUGAUGAGGAGGGACAAGCUAUUGCAAUGGGACUAAGUUACUUAAUAGAUAUAUGGACUGAACCUAUGCUCUUGGUCUUCGCACCCAGUAACUGCACUUACUCAUGUAGUUAUAUCACUCGCUAUUUUAUAUAGAAGUCAUAUAUACUCCCUUAUCUCUUGUAUAUUCUCGGACUCUCAACAUUUAAUGUAAAAUACUCAUCUUCUCAUUGAUAGGAAUUGAAAUUGUACAGGGGAAAAAUGAUGAUUAUAUCCUAUGAGAUCUAAUUCAGAUGUGUGAAAGGCAUUGCAAGGUUACUAGUGUCACCUUUUCCCCCAGCCUAUUCCACAUAAUGACCAGUUAGCAUCAAACCUCAGAUAUUUUCAUUUUAAAUUUCUAUAGAGAAUGUCACUGUUAGCAAUGUCAAAUGUAAAUUUGUUGCUGAACAUUUGCUGAAAAGCGUAAUGAUAGUUAUUAAUAAUUUGAUUUAGUUACAUGUCUUUGGAUCUUGAUCCCUUUGUCAUAUUAUUUCCCAGACCACCCUAGAGCCUUUAUAGUAGAAUUUUCAAUAGAAAAAUUUCAAAAAGUAUGUACCUUUAAUCUGGUAUUCUUUUCACAUUAUUGAAAAAAGAUUUUCAAUUCUUCACCCAAACAAUUAGAGAAAUGCAAUUGAGAGAUUCCUUAAUCCUUGAUGAUUCCAUCAUGAGAGGACAGAUUAUCUGACUGCAUGUCCCCCACUUUUUGUUUUAACUGUUGUUUUUGUGAGUUAUACAUCUCCUGCACAGUAUGAUUCAGCAGUGCUGUUUUGCACAAGGAAUUUCUACUGAAGGAAAUGUCAGAUCAAGACACAAGCUGUUGAGUCCAAAAUUUGAUGUUAAACUUAAGACUUCCAGGGCGACCGAAGCUUUAGUCUCCAUGGAGUCCUUAAAAGGCGCAGGAGAUUCAGUAAAUGAACAGAAUUCCUGCAGGGGAGAAAUAAAGAGUGCAUCACUGAAGGAUUUAUGUCUUGAAGACAAAAGACGCAUUGCAAACUUAAUUAAAGAACUGGCCAGAGUAAGUGAGGAAAAGGAAGUGACAGAGGAAAGACUGAAAGCGGAGCAGGAGUCCUUUGAGAAGAAGAUCAGGCAGUUGGAAGAACAGAAUGAACUGAUCAUCAAAGAAAGGGAAGCUCUUCAGCUACAGUACAGAGAAUGCCAAGAACUUUUAAGCCUCUAUCAGAAAUAUUUAUCAGAACAACAAGAGAAGCUUACCAUGUCUGUCUCAGAACUUGGUGCUCCUAGAAUGCAGGAACAGCAGGUAUCCAGUAGGAAAAGCACUCUCCAGUGUUCAUCUGUGGAACUGGAUGGUUCCUACUUGAGUGUAGCCAGACCACAAACCUGCUAUCAAACCAAGCAAAGACCUAAGUCUGCGAUCCAGGAUUCAGCUUCAGAAUCCCUUAUAGGGUUUAGGAAUAAUUCUUUGAAACCAGUAACUCCUCGUCAUCCCAAAGAUGAUCUAGAGAAGAUACCAUCAGAGACUAGAACAUGUAAUUAUGAAUCUCCAGGGAGAAAACCAGUAGAAGCAGUCCUGACAGAGAAAAUGCCCCAAGAAGAAUUGCAGAGAAAGGAAUGUCGACACCUUAAGCCUAUUCCUAGUCAGUGCUGUGGUCGCAGACUUGCUGCAGAUCGUGUUCGUGAGAGCCACCCUAUGAACACGGCCCCUCAAUAUCCUAAGACACAUCCAGAAUCAUGCAGUUAUUGUGGUCUUUCUUGGGCAUCUCUGGUGCAUGGUGGAGGGAUGCUACAACCCAGUGAAACUUUGAAAAAGCACAUCUCAGAAGAGAGAAGGCGGCAACUGAUGCUUCAGAAAAUGGAGCUAGAAAUUGAAAAGGAGCGCCUUCAGCACCUGCUGGCCCAGCAGGAGACAAAGCUUCUUCUGAAACAGCAGCAGCUUCACCAGUCUCGACUGGAUUACAAUUGGUUAAGAACUCAGGCUGUGUUUAAGUCAAGAGAACUGGUUGCUGAAAAAGAGCUUACUAAACCCCAAGAACUCAAACUGGAUGUGAAUGGCAGUGACUCUGGACCAAGUUCAUUAAAGUCAAACUGUGAUGGCUCGCUGCUUGGAACGUCAUCAUCCAUUAAAAAGUACCAAGACUCCCCAAACAGUGGAGAGCAUAGGAAGGAGAAGAAGACAGUUGGGUUUCAUUCGCAUAUGAAAGAUGAUGCCCAGUGGUCAUGUCAAAAGAAAGAUACACGUAGACCCCAAAGAGGGACAGCAACAGGAGUUAGAAAAGAUGCGUCCACAUCUCCUCUGCCAACAGGAAGCCUAAAGGAUCUUGUCACCACAGCCUCACCAUCAUUACAGCACACCACCUCCCGGUAUGAGACAUCUUUGUUGGAUUUGGUUCAGUCUCUGAGCCCAAACUCUGCUCCCAAACCUCAGCGCUAUCCCUCCAGAGAAGCUGGGUCCUGGAAUCAUGGUACUUUCCGACUCAGUCCUCCAAAAUCAACCCGGAAGAAGAUGGGGAUGCACAGGACCCCUGAAGAGCUGGAGGAGAAUCAAAUUCUGGAAGAUAUAUUUUUCAUUUGA